GUGCGAGUAACGUACAUUCAUCAUCAGCAUUACAAUCACAUUCAUAAUCGUUACCAUCCACAUCACAUAUAAACACACAAAAGAUGGCGAAUUUCUCCAGUGCUCUCAUUCUUUUGUUCGUGUUCAUCACAAGCGGCGUUGCUGUUUCCGCCACCGUCUUCACUUUACAGAACAGCUGUCCUUACACCGUCUGGCCCGGGAUCCUCUCCGGCAACAGUAACACCCUCGGCGACGGCGGGUUUCCCUUGACUCCAGGCGCUUCCAAACAGCUAACCGCUCCUCAAGGAUGGUCAGGCCGGUUCUGGGCUCGCACCGGCUGCAGCUUCGACUCCUCCGGCAACGGCAACUGCGUCACCGGAGACUGCGGCGGCGUCCUCAAAUGCAUCGGCGGAGGAGUUCCUCCGACAACUCUAGCAGAGUUCACCGUCGGAACAGGCGUCUCCGGGAAGGACUUCUACGACGUGAGUCUCGUCGACGGUUACAACGUCGAGAUGGGGAUAAAACCGCAAGGAGGCUCCGGCGACUGCAAGUACGCCGGCUGCGUCGCCGACGUCAACGCGGUUUGUCCUAACGAGCUUCGGAUCGUGGAUCCGAAAACCGGAACCGUCGCGGCGUGUAAGAGCGCUUGCGCGGCGUUUAAUUCGCCGGAGUUUUGCUGCACCGGUGCUCACGCGACGCCGCAGACUUGUUCUCCGACGCGUUACUCGGCGAUGUUUAAGAACGCUUGUCCUAGCGCUUACAGCUACGCUUAUGACGACGCGACAAGUACGUUUACUUGUGCCGGGGCUAACUACUUGAUCACUUUCUGUCCCACCCGGUCUUGAAAACCGGUUGUUCCGGUUUAGAUUCCGGUUUGGUUGCUGUUUCAUGUUUCUUUUGCUUGUUAUGUACGGAAAGAUAAUGACUUUGUUUCAUCCUA